AUGCAGUCCCCCAACUCAAACUCUUAUGAUGUCAUCAUCGUUGGCGCUGGGUUUGGUGGCUGUUACCAACUGAAGCACUUUCGCGAUGAGGGAUACAAAGUCAAACUCCUCGAGGCCGGCACUGGGUACGGUGGAGUCUGGCACUGGAACGCGUAUCCAGGCGCUCGUGUAGACACCACCAUUCCUCAUUACGAGUUCAGUGACCCCAAGCUCUGGGAGGAGUGGUCGUGGAAGCAGCGAUUUCCCGACCACACUGAGCUUCGGGCAUAUUUUGACUUUGUGGCCGACAAGUGGGAUCUUCGCAAAGAUACCCAGUUCAACUCUUUUGUUGAGUCUGCAACUUGGAAUGACGGCGAUGCCACUUGGACGGUCAAAACUCGAGAAGGGGACAUUUUUCAAUCCAAGCACAUGUCCUUGAAUACCGGAUUUGCAGCAAAACGGUACAUUCCUGAUUGGAAAGGAACCGGGUCCUUCAAGGGAAUAUAUAUUCAUCCCUCAUACUGGCCGCACGCCGGUCUCGGCACUGAUCUUCACGGCAAGAAGAUAGCCGUCAUAGGCACGGGCUCCACGGGCGUGCAGCUGGCGACAGAAUUAGCUGCCAUCGCCGGGCACUUGACCGUCUUCCAAAGGACGAUCAAUACAUGCAUGCCCAUGGGGCAAGUUGAUUUUGAGAAUGGCGACCAAGUCUUCCCGCGGGAGGACUACCCUGAAUUCUUCAAACAUCGUGCUUCUAGCUUUGGCGGGUUCAAUUUCGACUUUCUGGGCCGUGGUACUUUUGAUGAUGAUGCCGAAAAGCGCCGACAGACCUAUGAGAAAUUAUGGGCGGAAGGUGACUUUAAGUUUUGGUUGGCCACCUACUACGAUAUGUUGUUUAGUAAAGAUGCCAAUAGGGAAGCGUACAACUUUUGGCGCGACAAGACCAGGGCGAGGAUCAAUGAUGAGCGUGUGAAGAACCUCCUCGCUCCCAUGGAACAACCCUACUCAUUCGGGUGCAAGCGCAUUUCGCUAGAGGAUGGCUAUUUUGAAAUAUUCAACCAGCCGAAUGUCAGCUUGGUGGAUGUCAACGCGACGCCCAUUCAAGAAGUGACCGAAAACGGCAUCAAGACUUCGGACGACAAGGAGCAUGAAUUCGACAUCAUUAUCUGCGCUACUGGAUAUGAUGCAUGCACUGGUGGCCUGCGCCAAAUGGACAUUCGUGGAGUGGAUGGCCGUACACUCCGCGAUCACUGGAGUACAGGUGCCUACACCUAUCUAGGCAUGACAGUGUCCGGGUUCCCCAACAUGUACAUGACAUACGCGCCCCAAGGACCUACGGCGCUCUGCAACGGGCCGACUUGCGCGGAGCUCCAGGGACAAUGGAUCAUUGACGCCGUCAAAUACAUGAGGGAGAAGGGGCUGGAGAAGAUGGUGGCCAACGCCAAGAGCGAGCGGGAAUGGAGGGACAAUGUGAUCAAGAUUGCAAACGCAAGUCUGCUUCCUUCUACAAAGUCUUGGUAUAUGGGCGACAACAUCCCAGGAAAACCGAGGGAGCCAUUGAUCUAUCUGGGAGGUGUGUCCAACUAUUACAAGACUGUCAAUGAAGUCGCAGCUGGGGGAUACAGAGGGUACAGCUUUGAAUAA